UAUGGCGACAACCAACCUCCCCCCAUUGCCGUGGUAGCUUCAUCCCGCGCCGUUAUCUCUGGCCGUUUGACCUCUGCCACGGUAGUUAUCUCACGGAGAACGGGCAAGAUUACAGCUGUUUUCGAUUCCGUGAUUCCAGCUUCGGAGUUCCCCGCCGACACUCCGUAUACCGACUACUCGCCUCAUGUUCUGCUGCCCGGUCUGGUCGAUGCGCACGUUCACCUGAACGAGCCCGGCCGCACUGAAUGGGAGGGCUUCUACACCGGCACCCAGGCCGCUGCCUUUGGCGGUGUCACUACCGUGAUUGAUAUGCCUUUGAAUGCUAUCCCGCCUACCACCACCGUAAACGGUCUGAAAGAGAAGAUCCAGGCUGCCCAGGGCAAGUGCUGGGUUGAUGUUGGCUUCUAUGGCGGUAUCAUCCCUGGUAAUGCAGGAGAGCUGAAGGCUCUUGUCCAGGAGGGUGUCCGUGGUUUCAAGGGUUUCCUUAUUGACAGUGGUGUCGAUGAAUUCCCUGCUGUUGGAACAGAAGAUAUCAAGAAGGCCAUGGCCGAGCUGGCCGAUGAGCCAACAACCCUCAUGUUCCACGCCGAGAUGGUGCCUCCCAUCACCGCUUCUGUCGGUGACGAAGUCCAGACCUCUGAUGCACCUGCUGCCCCGGCUGGUCCCCUUGAGGCGUAUGCUACAUUCCUGGCCUCCAGACCGUCGUCAUUCGAGACCACUGCCAUCGAAAGCAUCCUGUCCUUAGCUCAUCUGGCUCCUAACCUGCCUCUGCACAUCGUCCACCUUUCAGCGAUGGAAGCUAUCCCGUUGCUGCGGGAAGCCCGCGCCAACGGCGUCAAGAUCACAGCCGAGACCUGCUUCCACUACCUCUCCCUGGCGGCCGAGGAAGUUCGCGACGGCGACACCCGCCACAAGUGCUGCCCGCCUAUCCGCUCAAAGCUGAACCAAGAUGGUCUCUGGGAAGAGCUGGAGAAGCACACCGGCGACGGCGUGAUCAAGACCGUCGUCUCCGACCACUCCCCCUGCACACCGAAUUUGAAGAUUCUUCCCGCUGAUAUCCCCGGCGCCUGCGCCGGCCCCAAGGACGAGGAGCCUGGCAACUUCUUCUCUGCGUGGGGAGGUAUCUCCUCUGUCGGACUGGGUCUGCCUAUUCUCUGGACAGAUCUCAGCCGUCGCAAGGGUCUGACAUCUUCACCGGAAGAUGAGAACACCAAGAAUGCCCUUCAGGACAUCGUUCGCCUAUGCUGUGUCAACACUGCGGCCCAGGUUGGUCUGCAGUCGCAGAAGGGUGAUCUGGUUGUUGGCUUCGAUGCUGAUAUCUGUGUCUUCGAUGACUCGGCUGAGUGGACUGUCGAGCCCAGCACCAUGCUCUUCCGCAAUAAGUGCUCCCCUUACCAGGGCCGGACCCUGCGCGGUAUGGUGCGCGAGACCUGGUUGCGUGGUGAGCGGAUUUUCAGCCGUGAAAAGGGCUUUGAGGAUGAAUCCCCUCAUGGCAAAUUGCUUCUCGAGAAGCGGGUUUGA